CGGCAAAUGCAGCUGUAGAAAAAGUUUGGAAAAAUUGCAUUCGAGCCGGCUGCGAUAGGAAGGACGCAAGAAAAAACGAAGAGAAAAUUACUAAAAUUCAACAUUCUUUACAUUGACAGUUUGGUUUCACACAGAAGGAUUAAAAAAAAUGAAAGAAGAGAGGCCUAAGAGAGCGCUGGAAUACAUCAUAAAAAGAGAUGAUUAUUCGCAACUAAGAGCCGUUCUACCUCCGAACUCCGAGAAAAAUUAUUUUUCUCCGAUUGACGUCAUUGAAGGAGCCAUUGAGUACAUAGCACAUCUACAAGCAACAUUGCAGCAGCACGAGAAUACUUCAUUGUCAACAGUUCACGUCCAACGGGAAUCUCACGAUGGCUCGCGAAGAACACAGAGAAACAAAAAAGUCAGGAAGAUUGCCUCGUUCCACAACAAACUGAAAUGUACACCAAGACCACGUAAAAUGAAAGGUCAAGCAAAGCCACACAAAAGACGCAAUCAAAAUGGAUGAAUUUUAAUCAAACCAUAUUCCAUACCAUAAAGACUAUCGAAUUUUACUUACAGCAAAAACAUAGGCUAUCAUUGUUUUGAAAACAAUGUGGAUUUUAAAAAAAGUAUCAAAGACCAAGCAGCAAAAUAGGAACAAACUUCACACAAGUAUCGUGAACAUAAGACUGUAGGACUGUGAGUGUCAUUGUAAUAUAAACUAUAAUAACCUCAUGAAUAGUAGAUAUAAAAAAUGAUUUUUGAUAGGCCUCAAAAAGUUUCGGCAAAAUAAACGUGCAAAUUAAAAGGAAAAUAGCUAUAUUAAAACACCCAC